CUAUCAUGUCCCACUUCCGCGACGGCCCAUCAGCAGUUGUUGCCCGUCACCAGGAGUGAGAGACUUCCCUGUGCAGUGGCCACAACAGACGCUCGCCUUCACGUGUGAACAGUGCUUUUUCAGGACACCACACGCUCUCCUUUCUCUCCUUGGUUCUUUCCGUUUGGCACCUGCUGUGCAGGCACACAGCUUCCUGCCCAUAGUAUGCUGUGCCCUGGCCACGUCUGAGAGGAGCAGCGCGCAAUCGAUUUUCCUCGGCAGUCACCCGCCUGGGCAGCCGUGUGGCCCCCGUGGACAGUGAACAGAGACACUGGACUGCAUCCAAGUGACGAUUUUCCCCUAGUCCAUCACACAGACUCUCGGGCACCAUGAAGAAGUUCACGUUCAAAGGUGUCCUCGACGGGUUUCGAUCGACGGUGCAGCAGCAGAGCAAGCCCGAGCAGGAGAUCCAGGAGACGCUGCGUCCUGAACACUUUCAGGUCAAGCGGACUUUUCGCCAUGGAUUUCCUCAUGCUCCGACUGCCCUAUCCUAUGAUCCUGUGCAGAAAUUGCUGGUGAUUGGAGAUAAAACUGGAGCGUUGCGAAUACUAGGCAAGCCAGGAGUUGAUGUAUAUGUGAGACACGACGGUGAUUCUGCAUGUGCCGUGACUAACAUAGAAUUCCUAGUGAACGAAGGUGCUUUUGUAACUUCCACUGCUGAUGACUCCCUACAUUUAUGGAAUUUUCGCCAAAAGAGUCCUCAAGUAGUACAAAGCUUAAAGUUUCAGCGAGAAAGGAUAACAUGUCUCCAUUUGGCUGUUGCGAGCAAAUGGCUCUACGUUGGCACGGAGAAGGGCAACAUUCACGUCGUGCACAUUGAAUCGUUUGCACUGAGUGGCUACGUUAUCAAUUGGAAUAAAGCCAUUGAAAUAGUACGGACAACACAUCCCGGUUCUGUUGUUCAGUUGUGCGAUAAUCCCUUGGAUGCUAAUAAAUUGCUAAUUGCAUAUGAGUCAGGACUAAUAGUAUUAUGGGACAUGCGAGGAAAAUUUGCCGAACUCCGAUGGCAAUCGUCUGAACCACUGAGAUCUGUGUCGUGGCAUCACGAGGGGAAGCACAUUGUGUCUUCUCACACGGAUGGAUCACUGUGUACGUGGCCUUUAAGAGCAACACCAAAGCCCCAAUUCCACUCAUAUCCACAUGCAAAAACGACGAAAGAAGGCAAAUUGGAAUCCUGCAAACCCAUACACAAAGUGGAACUAAAGACGUCAAGGACGGGGGAAACUUUCACAAUAUUCUCGGGUGGUUUGUCGAUGGAGAAGGGCGGAAAGUCACCGUGUAUCACAGUGCUUCAAGGCAAAGCUACCACAGUCCUGGAGAUGGAACAUCCUGUGGUGGAUUUUAUAACGAUAUGCGAGAGUCCAUGGGCUAGUGAUAUGCAAGAACCUUAUGCAAUAGCUGUGCUGUUACAAAAUGAUUUAGUUUUAAUAGAUUUAUUGACUCCCGGUUUUCCAUGUUUUGAAUCGCCUUACCCCAUGGACCUUCAUGAAUCACCAGUUACAUGUUGCACUUAUUUAUCAGAUUGUCCUUCGGAUCUAGUUCCAGCAUUUUAUUCGGUUGGCCGAAACCCAGGAAGCAGGCGGACGGGAUUCUCAGACCAGGAAUGGCCACUGUCGGGUGGCGAAUGGGCACCGGCAUCGUGUAGCUACUCAGAAAUAAUUAUUACCGGUCAUCAAGAUGGUUCUAUUAAAUUCUGGGACGCUAGUGCAGGAACUUUACAAAUUUUAUACAAACUGAAAACGGCCAAAAUAUUCGAGAGACCACGAACCAAGUCAGUGGAUGGAUCCGAUGAAGACCCAUUAGCUAUUCAAUUUAUUACGCUCUGUGCAGAAUCAAGGAGGUUGUGUGUUGCGGGUGCCAGUGGACAAGUGAUACUUUUUAAAUUUAGAAAGAUGGAGAGCACAUCAGACAUUCUGGUACUGGAGAUUCCUAUUACGUUUGAGAAUUUCGAAGAGGGCGAAGGCAGUCCGGACUACGAGUUCAUCCCUCGGCCGCUGCCCAAGCAGGGUGAAUCGUCGGACGUGGAGCGGAAAAAUGACGGGAUGCUACGGGUGAGGCAGGGACCGCAGCGAAAGCCACCAGGAUUUCAAGCACAACUCGUGUGCCUCACACCUUGGACAAAUAGCAGUCAUCCGGGACAAAUUACAGCUGUGGCGAUAAAUUCCAACUAUGGAUUAAUGGCUUAUGGGAAUGAGUAUGGACUUGUGAUUGUAGAUUAUGUACAGAAAAUAUGUCUUCUCAACGUGGCGAGUCCGGACUUGUAUGGUGCACAAGAUCCUUAUUCACGAGCGCCACGGAGCCCGAAACGGGUCGAUCCGCCCGGAUAUAGGGAUGAGCAGACAAGAUCUCCAAGUAUAGAUCAGUUACCCGAGUUGUCGAGUAGCCCGCAAAAGACGCCAUCAAUGCCGUCGUCAUUGCCCUUGGAGAGUAGCCAGAACUCCUCGAGAGCGCCGUCACCAGCAAAUGAAGCCCUCGAGGUGGCAGCUGUGCCAGUUGAUGAGUCCGUGACGCCCGAGGAUGUGGGGAGGGUUGGUGGUGAGCAGAGGCGAAAGUCCUCCUCCUGGAAGGCAUUCAAUAUCAAGCGACAAUUGAGCAAGGUCGAUACGAAAAUACGAAGCACCUUUGGCACAGGAGAUUCAUCAGGUGGCGGUGCCGGUGGCAAGAGGGGUUCGGUGUUUUAUUGCGGCGCCACGGAAGGUGUUCCGCUCUCACCUGUAGAGAUAUCGCCGGAUAGUGAUCCCAAGUCCACGUCGACAGACACUGAGCAAGACAAAUCUGACUAUGUGGAGCAAAUUGAGUCGGAAAUAGUCCAGAGUCUUGACGAAGUGAGUAAUCAGCGGUGUGACACGGUGGAGAGGGAGAUUGAGAGGCAGCACGAAGUGAUGAGAACAUCGCCUUGUCUGGGCGUGGCUCAGAGUGUGCCCAAGAGCAUUCUUCAGCAGACAGAGUCGAACUUCGUGCGCGACCAGAAGCGAGUUGAGUUUAUCGAGGAGCCCGUCCAGAGGGUCACUGUGGUGUCCCCAGUUGAGGGAGCCCGCCUGUCCAGGCCUUCGGAUCUGCCACUGUUCGCCGAUGGGGAUCCAGACCGGCCCGUGGUGCCGCCGCGUGGUAAAAAGAAGGAGAAACAGAGACUCCUAUCCGUGCCAAAUAUCAAGUACAGUAAGCAGGACGUUAGUGGCCAGCAUUUUAAGGAUCUUAGGGGAAAGGGUGCAGCGAGUGUCGGCCGUGGGCACGAGGCUGGAUCGGCAAGCGCGUCCUCCUUUGCUGGGAAUUUAAUGAGGCGCUUCAGCCGAGUAGAUAAGUUGGAUAGUUCAUUUUCCCGAUCACGCUCUUCGUCGAUGUCUAGUUUAGAAAAUAUAUCUUCCGAGGCUGUUCAAUGUUUAGCAUUCGCAGAUAGUUAUACAAAAAAGAGUGAUCCAACAACUCUGCAACCGACUCUGUGGAUUGGCACAAGUCUUGGGUCAGUUCUUACAAUUUCAAUCACUCUCCCGGAUGCCGAUAACCGGAAAACCAAUCCUGUGGUUGUCUCAAUUCUGGGAGGACCUAUUUUUCGACUAAAGGGUGCCAUUCUAUCUAUGUCGUUCCUGGAUUACAAUGGGGCUCUUGUACCUUAUACUUAUGAAGCAUGGAAGGAUGAAAAGCAAUCAGAGAAAAGAGACAAUAGAACACCCACGAAAAAUCCCAAUCGAAUGAGUCCGACGCUGUCUGGUAAUCAGGACUCCUUCAGCGAUCGGCAAUUUAUUGUGAUUACCAGUGAAAAGCAGGCACGGGUCGUGGCACUUCCAAGUCAAAAUUGUGUCUACCGACAGCAAAUUGCGGAUACUGAUUAUGUGAUUAAGGCGGAGAUUAUUAGCUUUAGGGAUAGCGUUUGUUUAGUUUGCUACUUGUCGACUGGUCACCUUAUGGCGUACAGUUUACCCAGUCUUCGUCCACUCAUGGACGUGGAUUUUCUUCCAUUGGCUGAUUUGAGCUUUCAGACAAAAUGUAAGCAAGGAAUUGUAGAUCCAAUGCUCUCAAUAUGGGGUCAGCAACUAAUUGUCCACGAGGAUACUAACCAGAUUUCCAAGGCAUUCUGCUUGAGCAAUAAGGGCCAUGGGUUGUACUUGGCAACACCCACCGAAUUGCAGAAAUUCACUUUGUGUGUCGACUUUUGUACUCAAUUCACAAAUGAGAUGAUGUGUGAGCUAUUCCAGGCACAUGACAUGCCUGAGCCGCCUAAAGAGAGCUUCUUCAAGGGCUUAUUUGGUGGUGGAUCUCGCAGUCUAGAUCGCGAAGAACUCUUUGGGGAGUCGAGCGGAAAGGCGAAUCGUUCAGUGGCGAAACACAUUCCGGGACCGAGUGCCAAUCUGGAGGCAUUGGGGGCGCGCGCUAGCACAGCCACAUCAGAGAUUAGUCGCGCCCACCAACUGGCCAUGGAGCGCGGCGAUAAGCUGAGUCAGCUGGAGGAGCGAACCGAACGGAUGGCCAACCAAGCACAAGAAUUUAGUGGCACCGCACAUUCUCUUAUGCUAAAGUACAAGGAUAAGAAGUGGUAUCAAUUAUAAGGAGAACAACACAUGUACCAUUAGGUGUAAACAAAAUUUGCUCCAUUUAACCCAUUUGCAAGAACACACGACAAAAGAAACAAGAUUUAAAAGAAAAAUAGUUCAACUCCCCUCCCACUCAUCCUGUCUGCUUGCUGAACAAAUGCAACAGGCGAAGACACGGCGAGGCAUCUUCAAUUUUUUGCUAAAGGCUCCCGAUUUAGUCGCGAUGCGGAGAUUGUAGCGCAAAGGAGAGGAGAUUACGAUAUGUAAUGAUGUAUGAGAAAUUACAUAGAGUAUCUUAUAAUUUUUACCUGUCAAUUUUAAUUAGAAAUCUUAUGAGAAACUAUAUUAUUAUAAAGGAAGAAAUGGUGGAAAAAAAUAUAUUGGAUAGGAAAUAUCUCUUCUCGGUCUAUUAGUCAAAGAAAUUAAAUAAAAAAAACCUAUUGAUUAAUAAAAAGAAUCUUUAUGAAAUGAUGAAGAAAUUAUUGAGAAAAAAAAUAUCUAAUGGAAGGAAAAAAAAGAGUAGAAAUUGUCGCUAAUACGGUACACGUGGAUCACCCCUUUGGGAGACCCAUAAAUCAAUUAUUAUGAUGAUGAUGACGAUUGAGAUGAAGAGAAAUAAUAUACCUACAAUAUAUAUACACACAUAUAUAUAUAUAGAUUUAUAAACUGUAUUGCAUAGUUUUUAUCAGAAAAAAAAUGAUGAUCACUAAAUGAGAUGGACAGAAAUUAUAUAUAUAUAUAGAGGAGUAAAGAAAAAAAAUAUUGAAAGUUAAUACAAUAAUUGUAUCUCAAGCUGUGGUGCAUUUUCUUCAGAAGAAAACACACACUCCCUCACGCUUGGGUCGAGACAGUCUAAAUAUAUUCGUUCUUUUUUUAUGUAAAUAUACAAAAAAAAGAUAAAUCAUGGGGAAGAAAAACCCAUGAUAUAACAAAGAAAGUUGAUAAAUUAGUUUGUAGAUGUAAAAGUCUUUAAAAGUGGAGAAAAAAUGUGAGAGAAAAAAAUACUUAUAGGCAUCUAUUAUGAGAAAAGAGGUAAUAAUUACAUAUGCAGAGAAAUUAUAUUUAGAGGAAGAAAAAAAGAGAGAAAAAUACCAUACAUUUGUAGGGGACAAAGCGGCGAUGAAGCUGACAUGAUCAAACAAAAAAAUAGCACUUUUAAAUACAAGAGAGAGAAAGAUAUAUAUUGUAUCAAAGUUCUAAAAAAAAAAAAUGGGAGAAUAUUUGAGGCUUUGAAAAGAUAAGAUUUUCUUUGCACCGGAGAUAAAUAGCAUUCUUUCAUAGAGCAUCGUUUCGUUGAAGGAAAGUUCACUGAACUCUCAAAA